AUGCCUCCAAAACUUGUCCAAAGCGAAAUUUGCUCAAGGUUGGCCAAAUUUGACGUCCGAAUUAAGGUUCGAUCGCAAUAUACGAACAAGGCGCAGUUCCCUCCACAGCAAGCCGGCCCCAAGGCCAAAGCCCCAAACACUUCCUUUUCAACAGUACCGACGGACACUGGCUACUUUGUCGCUGGCGUUAUCCGAGGCCACUCUGCAAUCGGCAUCGUAAGCAUCAACAACGCAGUGCUUGACCUACUAGCUGCACACCAAGCGGGCCCCACCAAAUUCGCCACAAAAAUUGCCUGCAUCUCAGAGCAGGCAACCGCCGCGUAUGAUAUGGAAGUAGCGAUGAUGGCCAUGCCCACGCCUUACGUCCAACUCUGGAAACAGGCAGCGCAGCAGCGGCAACCACUCUAUUCAAUAAACGGCCGAAUCACACAAAAAGACAAGUGGCAGCCAGUCGUAUGGCUCGGUGGAGUCUUGGUUACAGCGGCAUAUCCCAGCAAGGUCGUACGUCGAUGGGUAGACCUGGCGUCGGCAGCAAUCGACGAUCAGCAACUGCCGCAAUCAGUAACUACAACAGCCAGCACAGGCCCAUCUACCUACACCCAUCCCGUAUUGGCAUGGGAACGCCGGAAUGCUACAGCCGUGGUACUACCUGCCGACGGUACACACAAAGACAUGCGACUACAACCUAACCUGAUGUUAGAAGUUAGUGUAGACCAACAGCCGGUAAUCCCCCUCGUAUUGCAUCGAGGGGACAAUACCGCCACGUAUCCAGUCUGUGCGUCCGAAUUAGCCGUACUACAGCAACUACCAGGUUUCCAGGACUUCUUCGCGGACCAGGACUUCGCGACGACGGAGAGUCGACAACAAUACGUCACAGAAGAACAGUGGACGCUCCACUGCGACGUAAAGACGACAACACACGGACGCACCACCUUCGUGACGGACAUCCGCCCCAUCUGA